AUGCUUGGGCUUCUGGCCCCCUUCGCCUUCGGGAACUAUCUUUUUCGAAGCAUCACAGUGAACCGUGGACGUUCGGCCGACUGGGAAUUCGUUCGUGAGACCGCCAACAAUCCCGCCAGCAACCCCAUCGAAGACGUCAGCUCGCCGCUUCUAAGUUGUUAUGAGAAGAUUGGGCGCCCAGUCUCGGCUGUGCAGACUGUGGCACCGGGCACUCGCAUCAGAUUUCCCUCCAGCGUUCCAAUCGGGCACCCCGGUCCAGUGCUAUUCUAUCUGGCCCGUGUGCCCGAUGGCCAGGAUGUCAACUCCUGGACGCCCACCGGCGAUGUCUGGUUCAAGGUGGAUCAGUACGGUAACACGCCCGGUGUGAACAAUCAGUUCGCUGUCGAGAUGACCGAGGUCUUCACGACGAUCCCAGCAAGCCUCCGCCCUGGCAACUACCUUCUCCGCGCUGAGCACAUCGCACUCCACUCCUAUCAGAAGCCACAGUUCUCCCUCGCUUGUGCGCAGCUUCAAGUCACUGGCUCUGGCCCUGAUUUUCCGGAAUCAUUCGUGUCCUUCCCAGGGGCAUACAAGGCUGAUGAUGUUGGUCUGUUAUUCGACAUCUACGCGGGCACAAACAACCCGUAUCCCUAUCCUGGCCCGGCCGUAUGGGUUCCUUCAACUCCUCCGCCGACACCACCCCCUGCCACGACUCUUGUAACUCGCACUACAACUGCGGUCCCGCAGCCAACGGGCCCGCUUUUCGCGAGUUUCUGGCAGCAUUGA